AUGCCUCGCUCAUCCUCAACACAGUCACAGUCUCAGCCUGGACGGAGACGGAGAGGGGCGCCGGCCGAGGGGGAAGAAGAGGAAGAGGUCAAUAUGACUUCCGAGGAGGAAGCUACGGCUACCCAGGGGACAAAGGGGAUGUCAGAAGAGGUGCUCAAGAAGAAGGCAGCCAAGCUUAUACGGCUCGCCUUUGCCAGCGAGCUUAAUAAGAAGCCACUGAAGCGAGCGGAUGUGUCCACCACCUUGAAACAGCCGGCUAACCAUUUCCCGGUCGUCCUCAGCAAGGCUCAGGAGACGCUCAAGAAGGUCUUCGGGAUGGAGCUGGUCGAGCUCAAGCAAAAGUACAAGGCGGGGGACGAUCUCCGCGAGAUCGAAAGGCAACAUGAUGAGGCUGUGGCGUCCCAGACAGCUGAGGCGACGCAGGCGACGCAAAAGAAGGGCAAGGGAAGAAGACGGCAGGACAGCGAGGACGAGUCGGAGGAGUCAGAGGAGGAAGUAGUGGAGAAGAAAAAGAAGAAGGGCAAGGCUGGCCCGUCGACUGGUCUCUUCAUUCUGCGAUCCAUCCUCGCGCCCAAGCUCGUCAAUCAAAUGGCCGAUCCGCAACCUAUACCCGUCGAGCAUCCUGUGCAGGAUGAAGAACCGGACAACGGGGCGCUUCUUGACUGGCAAAAUGGCGACAGCACCCAAUCUGGCCAUAUCGCGCUGCUCGGUAUCCGCACCAUCAUCCUCUGCUUGGUCAUGAGCAACGGCCGAGUCAUGACUGACGAACAACUCAAGCUGUUCCUCCGUCGCCUUUCCCUCGAAGAGGACACUGUCCUUCCUUACCACUCCCGCACUUCCCCCAACACCACGCCCCUCACCCUUCAAAAGUACCUGGACCUUCUCGACCGCCAACACUACCUCCAAAAGGUCAGAAUCCCCAAUCCGGCCGCGCUUGACUCACCCUCCAUCGAGUGGCGCUGGGGCCAGCGUCAAGUGGAGUUCUCGGAACAGGCCGCCGCGACCUUCAUUGAGAAUGUCAUGUUCCAUGGAAGGGAAGAGGACGCGCCAGCGCCGGGGCGGAGGAGGGCGGGAGCUAAUGAUGGGGUGCUUGAUAUCGCGGAGCAGAAGAAGCGAAUGAGGAAGAACCUGGAAAGGGCGGUGGGGGGCGAUCUAACUGGUUAG